CGAGGCAGCAUGUUCGGGCGGUCGCGCAGCUGGGGAGGCGGGCACGGCAGCGCCGCCCGCAACGUCCGCUCCCUGGACAACCUCAAGUACAUGUAUCACAUUCUGACCAAAAACACCACUGUGACAGAACACAACCGCAACCUGUUGGUGGAGACGAUCCGAACAAUAACAGAAAUCCUGAUAUGGGGAGACCAAAAUGACAGCUCCGUCUUUGAUUUCUUCUUGGAGAAGAACAUGUUUGUGUUCUUCCUGAACAUCCUGCGUCAGAAGUCCGGGCGCUACGUUUGCGUGCAGCUCCUGCAGACCUUGAACAUCCUCUUUGAGAACAUCAGUCACGAGACUUCUCUUUAUUACCUGCUUUCUAACAACUACGUGAAUUCGAUCAUCGUGCACAAGUUCGACUUCUCGGAUGAAGAGAUCAUGGCGUAUUACAUCUCCUUCCUGAAAACCCUCUCUCUGAAGCUCAACAAUCACACGGUUCAUUUUUUUUAUAACGAGCACACAAAUGAUUUUGCCUUGUACACCGAGGCCAUUAAAUUCUUCAACCACCCCGAAAGCAUGGUCCGGAUCGCUGUCAGAACGAUAACGUUAAACGUUUACAAAGUGGACAACCAGCCGAUGUUGCAUUACAUCCGAGAUAAAACAGCCGUCCCGUAUUUCUCCAACCUCGUCUGGUUCAUCGGGAGUCAUGUGAUCGAACUGGAUAACUGCGUGCAGACGGACGAAGAGCACCGAAACCGGGAGAAGCUGAGCGCCCUCGUGGCCGAGCACCUGGACCAUCUCCAUUACCUGAAUGACAUCCUCAUCAUCAACUGUGAAUUCCUGAACGACGUGCUGACCGACCACUUGCUGAACAGCCUCUUCCUGCCGCUCUACGUGUAUUCCUUAGUCGAUCAGGACAAGGGUGGGGAGCGUCCGAAAAUAAGCCUCCAGGUUUCCCUGUAUCUCUUGUCGCAAGUUUUCUUGAUUAUACAUUAUGCACCUCUGGUGAAUUCCUUGACUGAGGUCAUUCUGAACGGAGACCUGUCAGUGUUUUCGGCCAAAGUGGAACAAGACAUCCAGAAAAGCGCAACUAAGUCGGGCAUCAGGUGCUUCAUCAAACCUUCCGAGACGUUGGAGCGGUCCCUGGAGAUCAACAAGCACAAAGGGCGGAAGAGGCAGCAGAAGCGGCCAAACUACAAAAACGUCGAGGAGGAUGAGGAAGAAGAGAAGGUGCCCGAGGAAGGCCCAGAGGGCAUGGAGGGCACUUCCAAGGGUGUCAAGCCAAGCAGAGAGAACGAAGAAAUCGAGAUGGUGAUCAUGGAGCGGUGCAAGCUGCUUUCUGUGAAAGAGCAGAACAUAACCGACGAAGAGAAGACGGCGGCCGCAUCUGGGGCCAAAACAUCUAACUGGAGCAGGCCGUUUCUGGAGUUGGUGUACAAUGCCCUGGAGUGCGCAGAGGACGACUACUACGCUUUGUUUGUGCUGUGCCUUUUGUACGCCAUGUCUCAUAACAAAGGAAUGGAGCAGGGGACACUGGAGCGGAUCCAGCUGUCGGCGCAGGACGCAGAGGGGGAGAACGCCUACAACCCCGUCCUGGCGGAAAGGCUCAUCAGGAUCAUGAGCUCCGCAGCUCAGCCAGAUGGCAAAAUCCGUUUGGCGACCUUGGAGCUGGGCUGCCUGCUUUUGAAGCAGCUGGUGGUGUCCCAACAUGGCAGCAUCAUAAAGGAUGUUCACUUGGCCUGUCUGGAAGGAGCCAGGGAAGAAAGCGUCCACCUGCUGCGGCGUUUCUACAAGGGAGAAGAAAUCUUUCUGGAUAUGUUUGAGGACGAAUACAGGAGCAUGACGCUGAAGCCCAUGAAUGUGGAAUACCUGAUGAUGGACGCUUCCAUCCUGCUCCCGCCGACGGGGACCCCGCUCACAGGGAUCGAUUUUCUCAAGAGGCUGCCGUGUGGAGACGUGGAGAGGACGCGCAAGGCCAUCCGAGUCUUCUUCAUCCUGCGUUCGCUGUCCCUGCAUCUGCAAAGGGAGCCAGAGACACAGCUGCCCUUGACGAGAGAAGAGGACCUGAUCAAAACAGAGGACGUCCUGAACUUGAAUAACAGCGACCUGAUUGCCUGCACUGUGAUCACAAAGGAUGCCGGUCAAGUCCAGCGCUUCUUGGCGGUCGACAUCUACCAGAUGAGCCUGGUGGAGCCGGAGGCUGCCCGCCUGGGCUGGGGAGUGGUGAAAUUUGCCGGCCUUCUCCAGGACAUGCAGGUGACAGGAGUCGAAGACGACAGCCGUGCGCUGAGCAUCGUCAUCCACAAGCCGGCCUCCAGCCCACACUCCAAGCCCUUCCCCAUCCUGCAGGCCACCUUCGUCUUCUCCGACCACAUCCGGUGCAUCAUUGCCAAGCAGCGCCUGGCCAAGGGCCGCAUUCAGGCACGGCGUAUGAAGAUGCAGAGGAUAGCAGCUCUCUUGGAUCUCCCAGUCCAGCCUUCCAGUGAAGUGAUGGGUUUUGCACACACCUCGACCGCUGCAGCACAGCACCUGCCGUUCCGGUUUUACGACCAGGCAAGGCGUGCCAGCUGCGACCCAGCCGUCCAGCGCUCCGUGUUUGCAUCUGUCGACAAAGUCCCAGGUUUCGCCGUUGCCCAGUGCACCAGCCAGCCCGGCCCCUCGCCUCUUUCGUCACCAUCCCCUCCCUCCAGCGGGAGCACGGAGCACUGUGACUCAGCGGCGGCCAGCUCCACCUCUACACCCUCGGUGGUCCAGAGCCCCUCAGAUGACGCGACAGCUCUGGACCACGCCAAGGCGCCCUCCUUCAGUCAGCUGGCCAUAGUGGAAGACUCUUCCAUGCCUCUCUCAAGAUCCGGCAAGAACCUGGGCAGGAACGUCGUCGUGGAAACGGCCAACUUGUCUCCCAGUCUGAUCCCCGCCCCGCAGCCCACGAUCUCCCUCAUCUCCACCACCAGUUCCGACUCCCUGGGCAUCGAGUCCUUGACGCUGGUGCCGCCGGCCGACACCGACUGCAUCCUUGCCGUUGGCUGCAUCCUGCCGCCGGCCACGGAGACGGACGUUGGCACGGAGGGGGAAGGGAGCAGCCCUUCUCAUUCGGACAACGAGCAGCCCUAACGGAGGUGCACAGCAAACUCAGCGCUGCUUAACGAAGCUCAUUAAUGAACCCGUAGUAACGCCCCACAAUCCUGUGAUCGGAGUAUUUUUUCUUAAAGGGAUAUGAUCCUGCAUUUUUGUUUAAAGAGGAGAGAGGACCCCUCUUGUAGACUUAAGACUAAGUAUUGAACACUGGUGGUGAUGGAAAAGGGGCGUGGGGGACACAGUGGCGGGGGUGUAGGCAAUAGCAAGGUGUUUUGGGGGACCUGUAGGUUUGCCUCUCCACUUUUUAAAACCACUCAUGCAAAAGCCACUUGUUGGAACUGCAUUUGCUGCAACUGCGGCGAAGUUAAGGAGACUUAAGAGAAACCAUACGCUUUCUGUUUUGAAUCAUUUUGCGGGGGGGACGCGGUUUGGACCGCUUGCAACUUUUGCCUAGAGGAAAGACUGAUGGACACUGGGGGGGUGGUGAAGGCAGCUUUUGCACACAAGCAAACCUUCCUUCCCUUCUACCAGCCACUUUAGCAGUCGGUUUAUUUCCCAAGGCACGAGCGGCCUGUGGAAGCUCCGGCCCAAUCGGCUUGCUUGUAUUUAUACCGCUGUCAACUUUUCAGCCUCCGUUCGCACAUCUCCCCUCUGUGCAUCAUCUCAUCCGAACCAGAAGUUGUGCGCACAUCUGUUGAGGGCGGGGUCUGCGGAAGGGGCCGGGGGGGGGACCGCCCGCUCUUCCGCGUCUCUCAAGGGCUUCUUUGGAGGAGAGGGUGGGGAGUCUUUGGCAGGGUUUUUGUGUACAAAGAUUUCAGAGGAAUGUAAAAUAUUUUAGCAUACUGCUUUC